AGACGGUACGCACACUCAGCGGCGCUCGCUCGCUCGCAUACGUGCGUGUUCACGACCCGAGCCAGCCCCUUGAGCCGCUGUCGCGGGAGCAGCAGUAAAGCCGUUCGCCCACCCGCCCGCCUCAGUCAGUCACACACAGCCCUGAGGAGGGAGGAAAGGAAGGCGAGGGAGCGGGCGGGAUUAUUAUGGGCUGUGGGUGCUGCUGCUGAGAGCUGAGCAAAAAUGGAGCUGUCUGCUGUGGGCGAGCGGGUGUUCGCGGCCGAAUCCAUCAUCAAGCGGCGGAUCCGAAAGGGACGCAUCGAAUACCUGGUGAAAUGGAAAGGCUGGGCCAUCAAGUACAGCACUUGGGAACCUGAAGAGAACAUCUUGGAUUCCCGUCUGAUUGCAGCCUUUGAGCAAAAGGAACGUGAGCGUGAACUAUAUGGACCUAAGAAGAGAGGACCCAAGCCUAAAACUUUUCUGCUGAAGGCUCGGGCCCAGGCGGAGGCCCUACACAUUGGGGAUGUACAUUUUUCUGUCAAGCCUGGUUCUAGCACAUCCUCACCCAAACUUCACUCCAGUGCUGCAGUGCACCGGCUGAAGAAGGACAUCCGGCGAUGCCACCGUAUGUCUCGUCGCCCUUUGCCCCGCCCAGAUCCCCAAAAUAGUGGAAUUGGUGGGGGCACUGGCAUACGCCCUCCUGUCUCUCCCUUUUCAGAGACUGUCCGCAUCAUCAACCGCAAGGUGAAGCCUCGUGAACCUAAGCGCAGUCGCAUCAUUCUCAACCUGAAGGUUAUUGAUAAAGGUGGGAAAGCAGGAGGUGGGGGAGGAAGUAUGGCUCGGUCCAAGAUCCCUUCACGAAACCGUGUCAUUGGCAAGAGCAAGAAGUUCAGUGAGAGCAUGCUUCGCAAUCCGAUCCGCCACAUGAAAUUUGGAAACUUCCCGCUGUACAGCAAGCUAUCUGCUCCAGUCCCAUCCUUGGAGGGGAAGACAGAAGCAGGAAGCUCUCAAGGUGCCUCAUGCGGCCUCAUGGGCUCUACUGCCUACGAUGCUCGCAGUUCCAGUAGCUCUGACUGCCCCUCACCAGCUCCACACUCCUCAUCUGAUCCAGAUGAUUCCCCACCAAAGCUGCUUCCUGAGACACUAAGCCCAGCCAUUCCUGACUGGCGUGAAUCAGAGGUCCUUGAUCUGUCAAUUCCACCAGAGUCAGCAGCCACCAGUAAGCGGUCUCCUUCCGGAGGAGGGGGUCAGAUGCCAUCAUCUCCAUCCUCUUCUGACCCAGAGCAGGAGGCAGGUGAUUGGCGUCCUGAAAUGUCUCCUUGCUCUAAUGUAGUGGUCACUGAUGUCACCAGCAACCUCCUGACAGUCACCAUCAAGGAAUUCUGCAAUGCAGAGGAUUUCGAGAAGGUGGCAGCAGCUGCUGGUGGUGGAGGCAGCAAAUGAGAGGCUGCCUUCUUCUUUCAGCGUGGUUGCAGGGAGGGGGAAGGGACAGGGAGGCUCUACUGCAAGAUCAUGCAUGGUGUGAAUGCCUGUGUUCUUUCGCUCCUCUUCCUCUUCAUCAUCCAUUUUUUCUGUCUUUGCUUGGAAAUUAAGAGGAAUGGGAAUGGAUGUGUCUGAAGUUUCCAAAUGUCACAGCUGCUAGGGGUUAUGGUGGGGUAUGAAUUUCCCUUUUGCCUUCAAGGAUUAUGUUGCACUGACUUGGAGCUGGUGAAUAAGAACUGGGGUGAAUAGGUGGGCAUGUUUAAGAGAGGAAGGAUAGAUGUUUCCAUCCUCUUGAAUGAAACGAGAGAUCCUUUGGCCAACCCAGGCAGAGUCUGUACUCCCUAUUUUCCAGUUCUCUGCAGCUCUGUCCCUGUCACUUCACUCUUGUAUCUGUGACUUGGGUAAGAUUGCAUUGACUGUACCCUGGGAAGAAGAAGUUUUUUUAAGGGGAAGGGAGCUUAUGUUUGUGUGGGGGUACUACUACAGAACAUCUGGGGGAACUUGUGUGCCCUAACCCUUCAUUGUGCUCCUGAACACUCUUCCCCCUUACAUAUGCUAGAGAUGCUAACUUGGUAAUUGUGUAGAACUUGGAGACCGCCUGGACACAUUUUCCCUCUCCCAUCUAUCUUGAACCAUUCCUCUCUUAAUCCUGGUUCUAGCACAUUCUGCACAUUUUUUGGUGUUGGGGGUCAUCUAGUUUCUUGAGCCUUAUUAAGUUGUCAGUCUUGUCCUAGAUCUUGUGUCCUGUUGCUUCUGCAUUUAAAAAUGUGUCCCCUUCCUGAAACCGACUAAUGAUGAAAAGAAGAGGAGCCACUCAUCCAUCCUCCGGUGUAGGAGGUAUGGAAGAGCUGUGCAAUGAGAAUGAGGCCUGUUAUUCUUGGUAACUCCACCAUCCUUCCAGUAGAUGGGUAAAAGGAGAGUCUGCUUGUUGCACUCACCCCACCCCAUCUACAUCUCUCUCUAGGUGAGUGAGAUGGAAGAACAUUCACUUCUGCGAUUCCUAGGAUCUCAAACUGCCUCUAUAGUUGCCAACCAAAGGUGCUAAGAACCUAUUGUAAAAUCUUACUAUGUGUCUGUUGGAUCUUGGUGUGUGUGUGGCAUGCCUGUGCAGUGUGUUUGCCUCUCCCAUCCAUCUGCCCAUAAUACCAUGCUUUUCGUGAAUAUAUUCUGACUGAAAUCUUAACACGCUGUCUUGGAAGAAGGUAAUAAUGUGGCUGCUUUUGCUGUUUCCCCACCACCCCGCAUAAUGUGUUAAUAACUAUGAACUCAUAUAUUGAUGUCCAAGAUUCACUGCAGAUGUAAAACUAUUUCUGCAGACUUUUACUCUGCAGUUUUUCUGCCACCUUAUGUUCCAGCCUUGUUGCAAGUUUCCCUUUCCCCUCCUGUGUGCCUCUUUUGUUACCAAUGCUGUGUGUGUGUGCGUGUGUGCAGUGUUUCCUGUCAUACUAUUUGUAAUCUUUGUUACAUUGUGGGGAGAAGGGGUGCGUGUGAGGUAAUAACUUUUCUUAAGGGCUUGUCUGCAUGCUAUGCUGUCACUGAAGUGAAUGAAUCCAGUUCUUAAUGGCAUCUCUCUUCCCAAUAUUCCUAUGUGAACUUUCUUCCUUUCAAGGGCUUGCUUAGUUGUUGUUGUUUUUACAUUGGGUUAAUUAUUUAUCAAUACAUGUAAAAGCUGGUGCUGCAAAAACUGUGGCUUUUGCUCCUUAACAUUUUUUUUAAACUGGGGUGCUUUAACUCCUCAGUAUGUCAUAUUAGGAAGGAACUACUCUCUUCCCUUUUUUUUUUAAGCUGUCCCACCUUUCCUCAUUGAGUUUGCAAAGUUUGACUUGGCUAUAUCUGUGCUUUAAAAAAAAAGCCUGGACUUUGCCAAUGACACAAUUGAGAGAUGAUGUGUGGUGAUACCUUAUUAAUAAUUAUCUUAAAUAUGAAUAUAGAGAUGCCUACCAAAAGCAAAAUGUAUACGUUAAGCAGUGUGAUUGUCUGUGACAGUUUGAGUGUAGUCAAUACCUAAGACACAUGAUUCAAAACGUUGCUAUUCCUUUAUCCUACCAUGCAACAACUUUUGUGUCUUUUAAAAAAUUAUUUUAAAACAAGUGAAAUCUAGAUGGUGUGCUGGCUUAAGUACUUCCACACUUCUCCCACUGAUGUAUGUCUUUGUAAUUCCACAGGUGCAUGCUUUGGAAUAGCUGUUUGUUGUUUUCAGUGAGACAAGCUGUAUCAUUUCUUUGCCUCAAAAGAAGUGAGGAAGGGGUUUUUUCAUGGGAGUUUAUUUUAAUGGCUGUAGCUUCAAAGGUGGGUGGGCUGGGCUGAGGGGGAGAGAUGUAUAAUGGGGGAUGGAAUAGGGAGACUUGUAUUAAAGAGAAGAUUUUAAAGGAAAAAUUGAAGAAAUAUUUUAUGAAGCUGCAAGAUGAACUAUUAUACUGGAUGGGUGCAUACUAGUCAAUCGUGUUUUGAGAUUGCUUGGUAUGUUUGUGUGGUGUUUGGUUUUGAAGUUUGUCUAAUAUUUGAAAAAAGUAGAUGGACAAUAUAAAAGGGAAUUUUAAUAGGAAACUCUUCAGAUAUUUUAGCACAUGUGUUCUUGGCAGAUUUUUUCCCUUUCCCUGGAGUCUCUUGUCACUGUUGGUUUCUCUGAGUUUCCAUAGAGUAGAUGCUGUCCUUGGAGAUGUUGUGUAAAACUAUAGUCUUUUAGAAGCUGAUUUAUUUCAUGUAUGGUACCUCCAAUGGCAUCAGGUUGACUUUUUUGUUCAUUCUGUCAGUACUAGGAGGAGGAUAGUGCUCAACAGUAGCUUUGGAAUUUGUUCCAGUCAAAAUAGAGACCCAGUACUAGAAAUAGUGGUUUGGGGGCAGCUUCACAUCGUAAGUUAAAGACAGUUUUCUAUUUCCCCUUCAUGACGCUUAAACAGUGGGGUAAGGGAGCAUGUUUGACAAUAGAGUAAAUACGUGCCUAAGGGUGAAUUUGGCUAUAUUAUUAUUUUAAACGUAUACCCCACUACUUACUCCAACUCACAUCCCUAUCCUACGAUCCCAACAUGAUGGACAUGGUUCUCCCCCCUCAUCCUCAUUUUGUCCUCACAACAAUCCUGUGAGGUAGGUUAAAUUGAGAGAUUGUGACUGGCUCAAGGUCACUAGUGAGCUUCGAGGUUGAGUGGGUCUCCAGGUCCCAGUCCGACACUCAGAUCACUAUACCAUACUGAUUACUGGGUGUGUGUAGACAAUGUGUCUACAUACAUAUGCUUUUUCCAUAGAUUAGUUUCUGUGAUAAGUGAUAAACAAAUAGGAACUUAUCUUUCCCAUAACAUGUGAAGCAACCUGAGUGUCAGAGAGGAGUACCCAUCUGCUGGAUUGAAGCCGUAGUCCUUUGGGACUCAAAUUACAAGCAUCUGUUCCCUGGAUUAAAAAUACUUAUUCAGAUACCAACUCCUAGUGCCAUGAUGCCAAUGCUGGAACUGCAUUUAGCACCAGGAGUUUGGUGCAGUGGUAGUUGAUGAGGUGGCACCAUGCUGAUCCUUUUAGUCUAUUUAGCCAUAGGAGUGGGAUUAAGAACAUAAGAAGAGCCUGCUUGAUCAGGCCAGUGGCCCAUCUGGUCCAGCAUCUUGUUCUCAAAGUGGCCAACCAGAUGCGUGUGAGAAGCCCACAAGCAGGACCUGAGUGCAACAGCUGUGUGCCUGCUUGUGAUUCCCAGCAACUGUCAUUUAGGGGCAUACUCCAUCCAGCAGUGGAGGUGGAACAUAGCCAUUGUGGCUAGUCGCUAUUGAUAGCCUUCGUCUCUGUUAAAGCCAUCCAAGUUGGUGGCCAGCACCAGGAUUGGCAGUCCCUGUCUGGCUCAUAGUUGUGUGUGCCGAACUGAGUUACAUUAGGCAAGUUAACAGCAAAGCCCUGGCAGAUAGAUGAUUGAGGAGCCGACUGAAUGGAGCAGAGUUUGUGCUGUGCUAAUAGUUGGCUGCAUCAGUGUUACCUUCUUUGUCUCCCUACAACAAGCUAUGUUGAGAUCAUAGGCUGGGGAUAUGGAUUGGAGUAAGUAGUCUAAAGAUAUGUGGGACAAAUGAGUUUGCAUAGUACCAAGAGCCACUCUGAUGCAAAGACAAGCUUGCUAUUAUGGUUGUGAUCUUGAUCACUUUUUUGGCAUAGCAGCCCCAGCCUCUAAUAACAUCCCUUAGGAGUUCUGUGCAGCCAGGAUUGUACCAGCCUGGUAGCUCAUUUGCUUGAACAUUUCUCCUCCCCUUCUAGAAAGAAGCAUCACUCUUGAAGAGGGAGGAUCAGAUGUUUGCAACACUGGAAUAGGGUUGGUUGGUUUUGCCUUGAAAUUUCCCUCCUUAGUUGGCACACAACCUCCAAAUUGUGUUGAUCUUUUCUGUCAAGUGGCAAGCCUUGUUCCUAACACAUUCUAGUCACUAGAGGGUGACCGAAGGCUACGGUUACUGCUUCAUGAUUUGAGCUGUUCAUGUUUGCCUUGAAUUUUCUUUCAUGUAAUAGAUAAGAGACAUCCUGUACACACCCUUUCUUCAAAGAUGGCGUGUGAACUGGAUGUGGGAGAACCAGGGGAAUAUUCUUUUUGUGUCUGUGCCAUGUUUGUUGUCCUUUUUGUUCUUAGAGGAGAGUUUGAAUGGGGGGGAGGGGGGAGAAAGAAAAUACUAGUUUUGCAAAAAAAGAAAAAGGUUUUUUAAAGGUAAUGAGAUUUUUACAUACAGAGGAGGAUAGAGAAUUUAAAAAUAUUAAAUGCAGUGAUUGCACAAACUAGUGAUUUUAGCUGGUCCUUAAAGAAAAGAAUAUUUUUAGUAUAUGUGUGUGGUAGGGAGGGUGGUGUUCAGAACAUUCAGAUUGGGUGAGGGGAGAGCAAAGAGUGUGGGAAGAGUAGCAGUUUUUAAGCUGAAAAAGCAAGUCCAUAAAAAGCUAUUUUCUCUUUCCUCUGCUACCCUUCACUCGACGUGGGGAGAGAGAAUGCCCCCCUUCCUGGAUAUGGUGGAGCCAGAGUUCAGCCUGGUUCUGGUAAAGGUUUGUUAGAUGGAUUAUGUGGCAUUUUAUCAUUCACGAGCACAUGCAAAGGUAAAUAGCCUGGACCUCAAGAUGAGCUACUGAGGUGAGACCUAUUAAACUAAAUGGGACGUGUUGCUGCUUUGUGCUUGUUCAGUAAGAUCUACGAUGUCAAGCAAGCAGGAAAUGUGUGUGUUAGCUAUGAAGCAAACAAAUAGAAGCUGGCAAAACACCCUCCUUGUUUAUCAACAGGUAAACUGUAGUGCAUACUAGGUUUGGCAUUCAAGAAAUCCCUCUAAAUAACCAAAUUCAUUCGACAUCUUCCAGGUCCACUCAGUCCAGAGAUUCUCAAGUAGGUAAUAGCCUUCCUUAAUCAGGAGAAGUGAUUGGGCCCUUUCUGAGAGUAGCGAGCUAACACAGGCAGCUUGGGUUGCAGUCAUUUCCUUCUGGGCUCUGAGGAAAAGCAAGGUGAAAGGAGCAAGGGAGUUCUCACAGGCCAAGUUUGUGAUCAAGAGUUUGGCACAAAGGAUACAAUGGAAGGCGAGAGCCCAUGAAAAAGGGGAAUGUUAGCCAGUGUGAUAGCUGAGUGUGAGUCCUGUCCCCAGAGUUUUCUGUGUGGCAUUGACUGGUAGAAAAUGGGAUGGCACUCUGUCUCCUGGUCCAAACAAGGUAUGCACAAGUACCAGGCCUAGCAGGAACCAGGAAAGAGUUCACACAUCCCCUGGUAGUAGCUUGUGCCAUCUCGAUUCCACUUUCAGAAUUACAGCUUUAACCUUAUCAGGAGAAUCCUUGUAAUCCAAGUAUGUUGAAUGUCUUGCUAACCAUUUGGAUAGAUGCAGGUAUAUUCUGUCAGGAUAUCAAGCUGGUUUUUUUUUAUGAGUGCAAAUGCCAGAUCUAUAGAAGACACUACCCUUAGUCCACCUCUGUAUCUUUAGAUAGCAGAGGAAUUGUCUUCUGGUGUUCAUAGAAAGCACACUGAGACAAGGAGAAUGAAGGGUGGCAGUUUUUAUUGGAGGGAGACUGUUCUGCUACUUGGUGGACAGUAUACGUUUGUGUCUGUAAAAAUAGCGUUCAUAUUUAUCUCUUGCUUUCAGAAUUGCACCUUUCCUUCCAUGCUCUUAGUUGCUCACUUGUAGCUAGCAGCAAAGCAUAGCUGAAAUGGAAGUUUGGCAUCUGUUUAGGAAAAUGUAUUAGAUAAAUCAGAAAGCAAAAUCUUUUCUGCUGCGUUGUCCUGCUUUCUGUAUUGUGCAGAGAACUGUUUUUUAUCUGUUCACUGCUCUCUUUUUCUCAUCUAUUCCUUACCAGAAGAACUGUGAUAUCCUUCCUUGGUGGGACAGAGUCCCGUGUCUCUGUAUGCGCUAACCUGUAUGUCAUAAUUGGUUAUCGAUAGGUUAUGGUUGCAUGUAAUGGGCAGUGAUGGCAAAGUUCUGAGAAUAACAAGCCAGACCUGUGAUUCUUGGUGACCCACUGAAAUACAGUGCCUCCUGUCUCAGGAGAAAUCCCUUUUUUGUUCAAUAACUUAGUGUCCUCUUUGUCAAGAGAGGCCUAUCUUCAACCCUACCUCCAUUGUAAAGUGGGUGCUAGCUGAGCUGAGUCUUCCUGGUUAAUACUCUCCCAUGUUUCCCCUCUUGGGUUUAGGGGAGGUUCAGUUGCUUUGCAACAUUAUUUCUUGACCACCAUCUAUGUAGGGUGCAGUUGUGCGAGUUAACUACAUUUGAUAACUGCAAUGGAGGAAAUCGGGAUAAGGGGAUUUUUUCCCCCUGUGCUUGAUAUUGUCUCUGCUGGGGAAUGGUUAGGGAUAUGGAUCAAACUGGGAGAUGCCUUGGUUCCAGUCGGUAUAUGAUACCUGUUUGGCCUUUGGCAAGGAAAUGUAAGAGGCCUGGAAUGGAUUCCCUGCUAAGAGUGCAGAGUAUCUUUGUUAUGAACCACUGUGUUGCUAUUUCCCCACCCUCCUUUCCUCUUUCCCUGAGGCCUUGCACUGUUUUGCCUGGUGCAUCCUUUGCUCCAGUGUUGCUUGCUUUGCUGCUUUUUUGACUGUCCACUAGUGGUGCAAGAGCUGGGAUCUUAUUUUCUUAUUACUGAAGCAUAUGUUGUGUGUGUGUAUAUAUAUUAUAUAUAUAUAAAAAAUCCUCCACUUAACCCACCACAUUGCUUUGUGUUAAGCAAAGGCAGCAUGGGCCAGUAGCAUGGCCAUAAUGCAGAGAACUAAGAAUGCCUGGAUGCCAUGGUCUGCGAGCACUUAGCUUCCUUUAGGGAUCUCCUAUUUUCCUUACUCAAAUACAAGCUGGAGGGGCCUGUUGUUGUGAAAGCUGCUCGCAGUGGUUACACAGCCCUAAUUGUACUCAGUAUUUUCCCCAUAAUUCUAUCUUUCAAGCAAUUCAGGUUUUGUGGGGCCACAAAAGAGGAGCUUGGAGUAGGAAUAUUCUCCUUCAACGUAUGCCUUCCUCUCCAAGUUAAUGCAGCCCCAACAAGAACACCCUGACUGCUGUUCAGUCACAUUCUUUGUAGUCUCUCCUGUCGAACUUGAGAAGUCUACUGGUUCUUAAUGACAUAAAUAGAGACGUUAUUGUCACAUUGCUUCUGAACUGUUAAAUGCUUGGCAUAUGAGCAACAUAUGAAGCCACCUUAUUGUCCCAACUAGCCCAUUAUUGAUCCAUCCAGCCCAAUAUUGGCUGAUGGGUGGUGGUGCUAGAACAGUUUAAACAUUUCAGACAUAUGUCUUUUCCAGCCCCUUUUAAUGGGAUAUGUUAGGGAUUAAACCUGGGCCCUUACUGUUUCAAAAUGUGUGGUUUACCAUUGAACUAGGAUCUUUCCCAAUGUCAUUUGUAUGCCCUUUGUUUCAGUCCCAUGUUUCCUGAAAGGUGGUGUGAAACUGGCAUGCAUCUGUGUAUUUAGGUGCAACAGUGACACCGAUUAGAACCCAGGCUGUAUGUAGAUUCUUCAAGUAUAGGAUUUAAGUACAGGCUCUGGAAUUCAGCAUCUUGUAUGGGAUUUGGAAUUAAACAUCUUAAGAAACUACAUUCUUUCUCUUUAAAAAAUUUCUAACCUUUAUGGCUGCAAAUAUAAGUUUGAAAAUGUGUGAGCAAUGUGUGAUGGAAAAGCCAGAGUGGGGCCUGAACAGGAUUUCCAAUGGGAGUGGCAUGGGUUCAGUGGUCUGCAUAGUUCCUCUUGUGCCUCCCAAUUACUACCAGUAGCAGAAUAAAUUGUGCAAAGUAAGCAAAUAUAUGCAGAGGUACUUAAACUUGCAUGAUUUAGGUUUGCUGCAACUUUGGAUGAGUGCAAAGUCUAGAUUAUCUUGUUGAAUAGAUAAUGUUUUUAACCACAAAAUGCACGAAGUCUUCAUUAGGACAGUCUGGAGAUGGAGAGCCUCCAGUCCACCAAGCCUCUGCAUCCAAGCCCCACUCCCUCCAGGCCCCUCCCCCCCCCCACUGACCUGUAAUCUCCAGCCAGCUGAGCAGCGUGGGGGGAGGAAACCCAUAUACAGAUACUGUUCAGCUGAUCAGAUUACAUGUCAGCAGUGGGGAAGAGGGAGCUUGCUGUAUUUCCUGUGCUGCUCCUUUUUUACUGCACAGCAUAGCAGUAAAGUGGGCUGCACACAGAGAAAGGGAGUGGACUCUUCCUCUAUUUGUAUUUCUCAGUGUUUUUGUGCUGUGUUAAGAAAGGCAACUUACACCUUUCUCAACUUGCAGCCUCAGCACAGAAGCCAAGUGAGUUGUCUUGUACUGAUAUGCAGCCCCCAACCACUUUCCCCUGAGGGAAUGUAGCCUUCAAGGGGAGGGGAAGUUUCAAUACCCUUUACUUUUUCUCUAUCAAGUAAAAUAACAUUGUAAUGAAAGCUAUGAGGUCACAGGGUUGCUACAUUACUUACGAACUUGAUAGAGUUGGGCCAAAAGUUAAUUUACCACCUAUUGCUGUUCCUGUUAGUGACACUUAUGGGAUGCCACGUGUAAUAAGAGUCUAUGGGCUACACUAUCCUUAAUUGUUUAUUUUCUGGGCUGCUGGCCAACUCACCUAGCUGCAACUAGAGUAUACAAGGAUUCCACAGGGAUCAGGUUAGUGCCUCUGGUUGGCUGACAUCUUAGGACUGUUUGGUUGUGUGGGUGGGAAGAAAAAUGUAUGCCUUUUUGUAGCUUUAUUUCUUCCUCUGGGUAGCACAGGAUAAUGCUGUGUAAGGCUCUCAACAUUUCAGCUAGUGACAAGGAAGAAGCAUUCCCAAGAGGUACUUGGAUCCUGAUGACUCCUUGUUGAUGUGAAGCUUUCCGUAAGAGAAGUUCAAUCUCCAUCACUGGCCCUGAAAAGAUGUGAAUAACUUAUAAACAGGCAUUUUUGCCUGUCGUGGGAGAAAGGUAUAAUGCUUCUUCACUUGCUCACUAAAAUGAUGCUACAGUGAAGAUGGAGAAAAGAGAAUUAUAACGUUCUGGGGGGGAUGAAGUCAUGUGUAGUGUCAAGUGAAUAGCACAGAGAAAUAGGGGAGAAUGAAGGAAUACAAAUGCUCUGAAAGAACUUUCUCAUUUGCAACGGGUGGUCUAAAAUACUUAUAAGAUGAAGAUGUUUUGCAGCUUAACUUUAAAUUUGUUCUUUGAUUGGAUUCAUUUAGGUCCCAGUUCCAACAUGCUGGAAACCCAUUCCUAUUUUGCAUAGCACUUAAAAAAAUUAUAAGCACAUGCUUUAAAAGUUCAGCACUCUCAUACUGUAGUGUUAACUACUUUGGUAUUUUAAAUGGUUCCGCCCCUUCCAUUGUUAUUUGCCUGACCUCCAUGUUAAGUGUCUGUUUCAGUCUCUCAGGGAAUCAGCCAUUCCAUGCUGUGUUUCCAGACACAAGAAUGAUUUGCAGGAAUUGCCCUGUGUCAUUCAGUAGCAUAGUGGGAAAUAUUUAUUACUCGGAGAUUGACAAGGGAUACUGCUGAGACUCUUGAGUCUUUCAGUAGCCAUGUUUUGGAAAUAGUUAAAUGCAGUCAACAUGUUUGUGUUACAUGUUUUGGUACUGGAAUGACAUGGUGAAACAUUGUGAUGUUGCAUGUAUAGUAAUGUGGGAAUCAGCACCCAGUUCUUCUGUAAUCAGGCUUCUCAGUGGAGCAAGAUUGUAGCAAAUCCAGCUGGUUUUCAGAGGCUGCUGUAAAAUAUCACAUGCAUUUAGUGGAAGAUCACCCUGUGGUGUUCAUAGGCCCUUAUCAAUGGUAGAAAUAUGUCUUAUUAACCUGACAUUAAGUUGUGGUUUUAAUCCUCAGAAUACCUUUGCUCAUAGGACCUGAAAUGCAAAGAAUAGGAAAACCAAUGUAUAUGCAAAAGAUAGGCAGCAAGUUAUAUGGAUAUUUUCUAAGAUGAAUGCUACAGGGGUAGGUGGUUGAUAGAAAGUGGAAACUUCUGGAGAUAAGGUUUGUUUCAUGGUGGCUGCUGCUACCAUCCUGAGGUAUAUAUUUAACAAUGGCUUUAGUGAAGUUCUUGACACUUAUUUCCCCCCCUAAUUCCUUCAAUUUUGUCCUCAAAUCACUUAUCUGCCACAUUCUUGUCCUCUUGUCAGUUCUCUUGAAGAAAAGCCUCUCAUUUUCACAUAGACAAUUGCAAGGAGGUACAGAAUUGGUGCUUGCUCCUCCUUUGCAUUCACCCUUGCACUUGCCAAUGCCAGGCCUCAACUUUGCCAAAUCUGGUGCUGAUGUCAGUACAAUUCCACAGAGAAUUUGUGGAUCUUAUUAAUAUGUAAGAGCUUUCUAAGGUGAUUGAGGCACUCACUCUGGGCCAUACGAAACUUCAGAGUGUUUCUUUGUAAGUCUGCGCAUUUGUUUUUGCAAAGUUGAGGCCUUAUGCUAAAUUUUGUAAAACGGUGAGCUGAAGUGGUUGUAUACUCGCCUCUUGGCAUACAAAACAGGCUUUAAAAACCAAUAGCAAAAUAGAUAUCUGGUAACUUUAUUUUGGAAAAAUGCAUAUAUAAUGAAACAAUUGUGCACAAAUGAAGUGCUAUCUAUUAUGUUUGUCUUAGUCUUCAUUUUUAAACAUAGUGUUUGCAUUUGCUUGUUGCUUUUUAAAAUCCAGUUCUCAGCUGGCUAAACUGUCUAAAGUGGAUGGAUGGGACACAUAGUGGGGUGGGUGAUUGAAUCACCCCCCUCCCUUGGUAUUUCCAUCAGAAAAAGUGGCUUGCUCCAGGUUUUGCGGGGGGUUGUGCUAAUUACUCUCAUGUGCUUGUACAUUUUGUUCUUUCUGCUGCUCUUGAGUAUUGUAUCAAUGCCAGAAAUGGGGAGUUAAAAAGAUGAACCCCAAUAAAUUGUUACAUUCCAAAA